AUGUUGAGUGGGGAACGAAAGUCACCACAGUCACAAACUGAGUCAGUUCUAUCUGGCUCUAUACGUUCAGGACCGGUCAAUGAGAUAAAUGCACCGUUAUCUCAUCAUUCAUCGGUUUCUGAAGACGAUCAUCAUGAUCACUUCGUACUAGCACAACCAAAGCAACAAAUACCAGCAAUCCCUAUUCCAUCGGCUUUUACUCAUAUGUCAAACUCACGUUCAACAUCAAAAAGUAGUACUCCUGAUGCAGUAAUCUCAAUAUCAACUAAAAAUACUACAAAUGUACCAAAAAAAACUAAUAUCACAUCUGUUAAACAACCUACUGUACAUCGUAUAACUCGCGAUGAAAAGAAAAAAGUUUCACAAAUCACUCAUAAUCAAAUCAAAACACAAUCCAAAUCAAAACAUUCAACACCAGGAUUAACCUAUGUUCGAGUUAGUGCUCGUGAUAUAGAAAAUGAAGAACCAAGAUCAACAUCUGCUAUACAUGUUCGUGGCGGAAGAAAACAUCGAAGUAUUUUUGAAAAAGUUGAUUUACAUAGUGGACGUACUACUUAUUUGGGUUGUGGUUCAUUUUCACAAUUGGAAGAUUGCAUAAGUGAUUGUUUAAAACGUGAUCGACGUCAUAAAAAUGUUGAAGUUUAUGCUACAAAACGUGAUGAUCCAUUAAGAUGCUUAACACGUGCUUCUAUACUUGACGAUUAUUGUUAUGAUGGAAUUAUAUUACCAAAAUGUCAUAAAAUUCGUUCGAGAAGUUGUGAUCGUUAUGAUUGCGAUUGUUGUGUAAUUCGUUCGAAUAGUUGUGAUCGUGUAUGUUGCGAUUAUCGUGUAGUUCGUUCAAGUGCUUGUGAUCCUUAUGAUUGCGAUUAUUAUAGAAAAUGUGCAGGUGAACUUUCACUUCCUGAAAUUCGUGAAGUUAAUGAUGCUCUUGACAAAUGUGGUAUACCUAUUUUUUCACAUCAUCGUCAUUAUCCUGAUCAUCAUCAACGUCCUGUUCGUGAUGUUGUUUCGGCAUGUGAACUUCUACUUUCAGAUCCAACAUUUGCAGCAUAUAGACAUGGAAGUCCAGCUGUAUCACAUGCUUGGGAUGCCAUGCGUCAUUAUCAACCGCAUCCAGACGCUCCUGGCUAUGGAUCUUCAGCUGUACGUGCUGUUUCAUCACGUCUUUUUCAUCCCGAUCAACAACCAUACAGUCCAGUUCAAAAUGUUUCAUCACAGAUAUUUCAUCCUCCUCCUCCUCAACCACCCCCAUACAAUCCAGCUCCAGGUGGUCCACCGAAUAUUUUUAAUCCUCCUCAACAGCCUCCAUACAAUCCAGGUCAAUUUGGUCCACCGAAUACUUUUAAUCCUCCUCAACAACCUCCAGGUGGUUCUGGUCCAAGUGUUUUAUCACGUCUAUUUGGUGGUGGAGGUGGACAACAACCACCACCAUCAAUGCCACCACCAUCAAUGCCACCACCAAUGCCGCCAAUGCCACCCCCACAGCAACAAGCACCUCCAUCCGGUGCGGGUCAAAGUGUUUUAUCGCGUCUAUUUGGUGGUGGUGGUGGGCAACCACAAUAG